AUGGCUCAAGAAGUUGAAGAAGAACAUGUUGAGUCACUCUCCAUGGGCAACGAUUUACAUGUCAAAAAUUUCAUAUGGUCCGAGGAAGAAUGGCCGGCAAUAAAUUACGACGACUUUGCAGGCGGAGAUGACAUUCCCGUUAUAAGCUUCCGGGGAGUUUUGGACGGAAAUAAGAAGGGAGAUUAUCAGAUUUUGUGCAAAUCCGUGGUAAAUGCAAGCAGCAACUGGGGAUUCUUCAAACUAGUCGAUCAUGGGGUUGCUUUGGAAACCAUUGACGAGUUUAAACUGCGGUUGAAUGAGCUUUUUGAUCUUCCAAUGGAGCGGAAGUUGAAGGGUGGUAGAUCGGCGAGCUCGCCGUUGGGGUACAGUGCCACCAAUCCUGAAUAUGGAAAGAAUUUGCCUUGGGCGGAGAUCUUGCAAUUGCUUCAGUCACCGCAGCAGGUUGUCGCAUUUGCUACCAAGGUGUUUGGUGAUCGACAUCAGCCAUUUAGCAAUGCGAUGAUUGAGUACAUGCAUGAAUUGGAGAAACUGGGGAUGAGAAUUUUUGAGAUGUUGGCUCAUGGACUAGGCCUCCCAGAAGACUUCUUCACAAAGAACUUUGAAGAGAAAGAAGCCACCAUGAUUAGGGUCAACAGAUAUCCUCCCUGUCCCCUCCCUGAGAAAUGUCUAGGGCUUGGGAGCCAUUCAGAUCCCCACACAAUGACAAUACUGUUACAAGACCUUGUGGGUGGCCUUCAAAUCUUAAAGGGUGACAACCAAUGGGUCGGAAUCCGUCCUAUCCCCAAUUCCUUCGUCAUCAACAUUGGUGAUACCCUUGAAGCAUGGACAAAUGGGAGGCUAAAGAGUGUUGUACACAGGGCAGUGGUGAACAAAGAGAAGCAAAGGCUAUCAGCUGCAUAUUUUCUUAGCCCAACAAGUUCUGCCAUAAUAGAGUGCCCUCCUCAGCUCCUGGACCCAGACACCAAUUCUAGCAAGUACAUUCCUUUUACUUGGGAAGAUUUCAGGAAGGAACUUCUAGCACAAAAGAGGGUGCUAGGUAAAACUGCCCUCAAUAGAUAUCUCAUAUCCAAUUAA